CUUCUCUAGACCUUCCAUACUUUCUGAUCUCAUCACUCCUCCCUUCCUGUUUUCUCCUUCCUCUCCCAAUCCCUUCAUCCAUUCCUAUUGACAUAGCCCCUCCCCUUCCUAUUUUCACCUCCUCCUCUCCUUUCUUCUACUGUCCUCCUAUCUCCUAGCUCCUCCUCCUCCUUUCUCAUGUAUUCCCUACCUCUCUCUCCUCCCUGUCCUCCAUCAGACGCAGCCUGCCUCAGUGUGUGUUCGGCCAAGAGCAUGGCGUCCUUCGGCCUCCUGCUGCUCAGCUCUGCUCUGAUCCACACCGCCCAGUCUCUACCUGCAGGUCAUGGCGGGGGGCGUGGCCUGGACGUAUCGCUGGGUGGAGUCAGACGUCAGCGCAGAGACCUCCCUAACCUGCUGCCCUAUGAGGACCAGAUGAUGUCAUAUCCCACCUCGGAGGUAGGAGGCGGAGCCAAAGACCGGUACUAUCAAUCAGAUGAUUGGAAGGGGAGGAGCUUGGACCAGGCCCUGCAGCAAUUGGUGGAGAGAGACCUGAGGCGGGAGCAUGAAGAGGAGCAGCGAGCAGCCAAACUGGCCGCUCUGCUGCGCCUCCUGAGUGAAGCAGAGAGUGCUGGACUGGUGGGGCCAGGAGAUGUGGAGGUGGUUGAGGAAGAAGAGGAUGAAGAGGACGAUCAGGGGACACCAGGGGAAUUCCAGGGCUCUGCCCCCCCAGACUACGAUGAGACGGGACAGGGGAUGAACAUGGGGAGGCCCCCGGCUGCCUGGUGGGGCCUCCUGGAACCCCAGUUGGCUCGGACUCUGCUAGACAGGAUGGAGCCUCAGCUGGCUCAGACUCUGCUGGAGAGAGCGAGACAGGAGAGACUUCAGCAGGGGGGACGGGUUGCAUCAGGACUGACCCGAGACCAGGACCAGGAUUCUCUGAGACACCUGGUUGCUAGGAUACUGUCCAGCAUCGGCCAUAACAAUGCCCCGGUGAUCUCCUCUGGUCACAGAAUGAGGAGGGACCUGUCUGCCGUAGCCCAGCCUGUUAGCUUCGCCCACAGGAGAACCCGCCGUUCGCUUGAUGACGUGGCUCCUCCAUUGCCUAGCAACGAUCCCCCCCUUCUCCGGGUGAAGAGGCUGGAAGAUGAAGAGCAGGAGGAAGAGAAGCUUCGCCCGCACGUCGCUGGGCUGCAGAGGAUGAAACGCAUUGACACCAUGGCAACUGCUGCUGUGGAAGAACUGAAUCAUGGGAGUCGUAGGCGCAGGAGGAGAGCCGCCCUAAACUACGACCCCCAGAUACUGAUCGAUCAGAUUCUGGAGUACAUGAGGGAGUAAGAGGAGGGAGAGGAGGAAACAAGGAGAGGAAAGAAUGAGAGGAGGGGAGGGUGGAGGGGGAAGAAGGAGGAGAACAGAUGGAUGAGGAGAGACAAACAGAGGGAUGGUGAAGAGAAGGUGCAUUGUGGUUAAAGAGAAGGAAAGAUGAAGUGAUGCAGGGGUGAAGUGAACUCUUUAUUUUACACUAGGGUCGUGACCUCUGUUUUCUUCUUUUGUUUGUUUUUUCCUAAAAACCUUUCCUGGCAGGGUUCAGUAACGUGCGACUGCCACGGUGAAACAGAGACAAAGUCCUGACACGCUCAUAUAUUGUUACACUUCUAUAUUGUAACGUGGUUGGUGGGUUUGUGAGCAGCUGAUUCACAGGAGAAGAAAAUGCUGCACACACUUUGUUUCACAGGUCCAGUAACUAAACGUUUGCUGCCGUUUCACUGAUACUGACUCACGCUAAAGGAAAUGCAGAAACUGUUCAUCGCUGCUGGUUAAAUCCGAGUUUCAUUUGGUCUCCUUUAAGAAAACCUUUGUGACCUUGAGCUGCCACGUUGUCACUCAUUGUUCAGCAAACUGCAGUUUAUGCUGCCUAUUGUAGUUUUCAGCAGCAGGGGAACAUCUUUGGUUCUGUGCUCCAGACCCAGGAGGCACAUCGACGCAUUCUUGUAUUAUAGGAGCAGUUUUACUCACCAACAAAUUUAUGGUUCAUUUGAACGCUCGUAAAAUAAAGCGACUCCAUGUUGCUCCUUAAGAAUCUUUGUCUGAUUAAUUAGUUCCGGUUAAUUGUUUGCGCAUCAUGUCAUCAUCAGGUCCGCAAAACAAAUGUGAACUUCCCCUGUAGGCAAACAUGCAAAGAACGUUUUGAAUAUCGAUUUUCUCACGUUCUUCUUUAUAAACACAACAAAGUGGAAUCUGUCUCAAACUCUGUCUCUGUUUGACUGAUAAAUAAUCCACACUCCAUGGUUUUUGGUGAAAACACUACAGUACCCAUGAGCCUCAGCAACUGUUGCUAUGCUGCGGAACCAAUCCAAGAUCUAAAGGUGAAGUCAUGUAAAUUUCUGAAAGUUUCCAAAGAUUCUUUAAAGAUAAACCUCAGACUUCACCCCCGACAGUCUGAAGCGUUCUGAUUGGAUGAUUCGUACAGCAAUGCUGUCUAGGACUGUAGUUGACCCCGCCCACUCUGCUUCACUAUGAAAGGCUCAAAGUGUGAAAGGUUUCCUGUUAAAAACACUUCCACAUGGAUUCCAGCUUCGCUCUGUCAGUGCCAGUCUGCUUCUGAUGGAGGCUGACGGUAACCAUGGCGAUGUCUCAUCAGCUCUGUGAUUGGUUCGUUCUCGGUGUGUUCAUAUGCUUCAGCUUGUGUGCAGCAGCUCUGUCAGUGCAAUCACUCGUCUGUGCAAAUGCUAAACCUUUGUCAUCCCGCACUGAAAUAAAGCCAGUAUCCACAAACUGA